GACACGCGUCAAUAGCCUUAUUUGCAAGAAUGCAAGCACGAGGCAUUUCACGUGGGUUAGUCAUGCCUGUCUUGUUGUAAGCAAUGAAGGCAGUGUUAAGUAACUUUCCAAAAUAGAAGUUUCCUUUAUGGAAAUACGGUUCUUGAACCAAUGCUAUGGAAGCUUUACCUUCCUGCAUGAGUCGAGAUAAAUUCAUAGUUGCUGUACGUUUAUGUUGGAGAUUGAUUUGUGCUAUUCUAACCAUUGUUGAUUAGAGAACUGUACAUUUCAUCUCCAACACAAAUUGCACAACAACUAGAGGACACCAAGCGAGUUGGGAUGUUAACGCAUUUAGCGAGCCAUAUCAGGUUUAAAUGGGACAUGAUCAUUUGAUUCCCACGAUUUGCGAAGAAAAUAAUGGUCCACUGUGUCAGAGAUUCGCAUAACACAGUAAGGGCAAAACCCAAAAUGCUCCGUGCGCGACUGGCAUAUUUUAGACCCCCCAGUCAUUAAGUCCUCGGCACGGAAUUACACCUGGACUUAGGGUCUCCUACUUUCAGUCGCCUCCUACGACAUGGGAGCAGGACUCCAGUGGCUCAAUUCUAGGCCGGAUACCACACGGCCUCUGGGCAGGUUCAUCUGUACACAUCGAAAUUUUGAUAAUCGAAACUCAACAAAACUUCACCGAACUACCAUCAGCCGAGAGUCUCAGCAAACCUCCAGCCAACAAAAAUUCGGCAAAAUUAAGUGGAUCAUCGGUGAAAAAAAAUCUUUGUGUAGAGUGAACGUUCCGCUGCAUAAUGCAGCAUACUGGGGAGUUCGCCCAACUCUUCCCAGGCUCCGUUCGCCAUUGAGAAUGUUUUAAACCCGCUCAACAAUUUUACCCAUAGCACGGGUCGCAUGACACUAUGGAAUUGGGGUUCUCUGUUUGGUAGAUUUUUACCACUGAAACCGGUAGUCCGUAGUGUAAUUCUUAGCCGGUUGAAACAACCACUACCGACACUACACGGCUUAUCUAGGCUGUUCGGCGAAAGAAGCUGACAUUGAAGAACAGCUUCCAUAUUUAGAUGGGCGAACAGCCGCAGAAGGAAGGAAGGAAGGAUAACGGGAGGAGAGGGAUUUGGGCUAAGCGCUUAUUUAAAGGCGGCGCUGGCUCGCCUUGUCAGGGCUGCUUUAGGGCAUGUGGUGUUUAGGCCUAGAACGUAUAGGGCCCACUACCUCGUCCUACCACACCCGACCCGCAGUCAGCCCUCGCUGCAGGUCCGGGUCGCGAAUCACAACUAGAUGCUAUCGCGAUUAAGCAUUAUCCACCACCUAUGACCCGCCCGGUUGCUUGCAGCUCAGCUUCCCACGUAGCGUUCCUCCACCACCACGGGGCCCGGGAAGCAUCGUAUGGGUCGAGUGCAUGCAACCCAAGGCAAUGCGCAAGCAACGAUACUGGAUUCUCUCCAGUUUGAUGAAGAGUAUUUUCGCAGCGGAGCGGAAACAGAAACACCCGUACUCCAUCACCGACAAUAUCGUUGUUUGGUAUAACCUGAUCAGGUCUCCUGGGUGGGCACCCCACCAUGUUCCAGUUAUUGUUCGUAGAAAAUUGAUCCUUUGUUGACAUUUCUGUUUCAGAUACCUAAUGCGACAUCCCAAAGUACCUUUAGAGUCGAACCAGACCCCGAGAUAUUUAAAUGUGAAAACCUGAUUGAUCGUUGCAUCCAUUAAUAGAAGCUGGAGUUGCGCCGGCUCACGCUUGCUAGAAAAAUCAACCAACUCAGUUUUCUCCGUGGAGAACUCAAUACCCAGCUGAAGAGCCCAAGCAGACAAAUUGUCCAAGGUAUCUUGUAAUGGUCCUUGCAAGUCGGCAGCUUUGGCCCCUGUAACAGAGACCACCCCGUCGUCUGCAAGUUGCCUUAGCGUGCAUGAAUUGGCAAGACAAUCGUCAAUGUCAUUCACGUAAAAAUUGUAGAGUAGGGGACUUAGACAUGAGCCCUGGGGAAGACCCAUGUAACUAAAUCGCGAUGUUGUUAAAUCGCCAUGCGAAAAGUGCAUGUGCUUUUCAGACAACAGGUUUAGCAAAAAGUUAUUUAAAAUUGGUGAAAGACCAUGCUGGUGCAGCUUCUCUGACAGAAUAUUGAUAGAAACUGAAUCAAAAGCCCCCUUAAUAUCCAAGAAGACUGAUGCCAUCUGCUCUUUGUUAGCAUAGGCCAUUUGGAUUUCUGUAGAAAGCAACGCAAGGCAAUCGUUCGUCCCUUUGCCUUUGCGAAAGCCAAAUUGUGUAUUUGAAAGUAAGCCAUUUGCUUCAACCCAAUUGUCGAGGCGAAGCAAGAUCAUUUUCUCGAACAACUUCCUAAUACAGGACAGCAUUGCAAUCGGUCGAUACGAGUUGUGGUCGGAGGCUGGUUUUCCUGGUUUUUGAAUGGCGAUGACCUUCACUUGCCUCCAGUCAUGAGGGACAAUGUUACCCUCAAGAAACUUGUUAAAUAAGUUCAGCAAGCGCCUUUUUGCAGUGUCAGGCAGAUUCUUCAGCAAGUUGAAUUUGAUUCUGUCUAACCCUGGGGCGUUAUUGUUGCAUGAUAAGAGAGCAAGUGAGAACUCCACCAUCGAAAACGGUGUUUCGUUCGCGGUAUCGUGAGGAGACGCGGCGCGGUACGUUUUCUGUACCUGGACAGAGUCCGGACAGAUCUUCUUGGCGAAAGCGAAUAUCCAACGGUUUGAAUAUUCCACGUUCUCGUUGGUACUGUUUUGGCUACGCAUACGUAGAGCCGUACCCCAAAGAGUGCUCAUCGCUGUUUCUCUCGUUAACCCGUCGACGAACCGGCGCUAAUAACUGCGUUUUUUGGCUUUCAUUAAACUCUUCAUUCGCCUUUCUAGCGACGCGUACUGCUGAUAGCUAGCGGGUAACCCGUCUUCCCGGAAGGCCUUAUAUGCAGUAGACUUCUCCGCGUACAGCUCUGAGCACUCUUUAUCCCACCACAGGGUGGGAGACCGUCCAUGGGUAUUCGCGCUGGGUACUGGUUUAGUCUGAGCUUGAUUCGCACUGUCGAGAAUCAAGCCAGCCAAAAACCUGUACUCUUCCUCCGGAGGAAGCUCUUGGGUGGAUUCGAUUUUAACGGAUAUCGCGGUCGCGUAACUCUUCCAAUCAAUAUUCCGUGUGAGGUCAUACGAGACAGUGAUUGUUUCCGAUGGUCUUGAACCGUUAGCAAUUGAAAUUACGAUAGGCAAAUGAUCGCUACCGUGGGGAUCAGGGAUCACCUUCCACAUGCAAUCUAACUGUAGCGAUGUCGAGCAUAGUGAUAAAUCCAACGCGCUCGCGCGUGUUGGUGGUGUAGGAAUCCGCGUCAUUUCUCCCGUGUUUAAGAUGGUCAUGUUGAAAUUGUCGCAAAGAUCUUGGAUUAAUGUCGAUCUAUUAUCAUCAUGAAGACAACUCCAUACCGUACCGUGCGAGUUAAAGUCUCCUAGAACUAUCCGCGGUGCCGGUAAGGAUUCCGUGAUAUUACAAAGCGUUCGGUGCCUUACCGAGGCUCUAGGAGGAAUGUAGAUGGAAGCAAUGCAAAGGUCUUCGCCUUUGAUUAGAACUUGACAAGCGACAAUUUCAAUGCCUGGUGUCGAAGGGAGGUUAAUUCGGUUGAAAGAAUAGCAUUUUUUAAUUCCCAAAAGUACUCCUCCGUAAGGGUUUUCUCGAUCCAGACGAAUUAUAUUAAAGUCGUGGAAAUUGAUAUUUAUAUCCGGAGUUAACCAAGUUUCACACAAUGCGAAAACAUCACAUUUUAAACUGUUUAGUAAAAAUUUGAAGGAAUCGCUUUUCGGGAGGCUAGAUUUCUCCUCUUCCUGGAUUCCCCUGGGUUAACCAAAGAUGUUCCCUCUCGUGGGUCGUCAGAUUCUUGCUCAACGUUAGCCAAACCAGCAUAGGGAUUUUCGGACAGGACAGAUGGCGAAGCAUUCUUUAGCAUUUCUGCAUAAGAACGUCUCGAGUGUUCCUUAAGGGAGCGCUUAAUUUUAUCCCCGCGCUGCUUGUACGCAGGGCAUGAUUUAAGAGCAUGUGAAGGGCCCCCGCAGCAAAUACACUUUUCAGUUUCUUUGUCACAAGAGUCAUCCUCAUGCUCUCCUUCGCAUUUGCCGCAUCGUUUCUUAUUUCCACAAUAUGUGGCUGUGUGGCCCAACUGCUUGCAAUUGCUGCAGCUCAUGACCCGCGGUACAAACAGGCGAACUGGUAGGCGAACCUUGUCAAGGAGGAUGUAAUUGGGAAGAGAGGACCCGGCGAAUGUCACCCGAAGCGAGCCUGAUAGAGAGUAGGUAGUCUUACCUCCCUCGGUGUUUGCGGUAUACAAUUGUUUGCAUUCCAAGAUCUUAAUCUGUUCAAGUGAGGGGGACCACGCACAUUUCUAAAUUUUUCAUAAGAGGUUUUUCUAAUCCGAAAGAGGCAAAUGACCUUAAGGUUAAAACCUCUAUAUGCGAAAUAAAAAAAUUGUUUGAAACCACUUAUGCGCGUAAAGGGCACAAAACCUACAACUAAACUAUUUAUGGAGAUGCGUUUCGAGUUCGAAAACAAAAUUUGUGCUUCUGAUUUAAUUGGUAUGAAAGCUGUAAAAUAUUCGUAUUUAAGCGCAACGAAAACUCAAAUCGAGUGUUCCAAUUAUUGCCCUUGUGGCGAUCACGUGUAUCAGAAGUCAAAAUAACUUCCAAAUUCGGUAAUUCAAGUUCCCUGUUGCAAAUAUGUGUUCACUUCCUCUAUUCCGUAGGAGGAAGAAUGAACACUAGGCGGCUAAAACGUACUAUCCGCUCGCGCACGCACGUUUUCUCUUUCCCAAUCUGUCUCACGAUUGCACAAACUAGAGCAAGUGGUUGAGUUUCGGUCGCCGAACGGACCUCGUUGUCGUUGUCUUAUCAACCGCCUGACCAGUAAAAACUAUGUGAACGCAAGUGAGGGUAUUGGCGCGUAAUGGUAUGGUGCAAAUGUUUCGAGAGGGAAUGAGAUAGCGAUUCAGAAUCAAUUGUCCAAGAAGUUCGUUUUUCGAAAUACGAGUUUUACUUCGGUAAAAUUACGUACUUCCGGGUAUCUAGAACCAAAAAUCGUUUAUCUGAGGGUUUUAGGAAUAGCUUCUCAUCCAUUUCAAUCUAGACCGUGAAAGAGGUUAGAGUGCGUGUUUCUUGAUUUUGUCCCGCGGUGUGUCGAAUGGUUUGUCCAGUUAAAAUAUGAGAUGUCUUUAAAAUUUAGUAUUUUUUUUGCUAUUAGGUGUUGCGUUAAAGUCUAGAAGUAGGAAGUGCGGAUAAUUCGUGUGCGUUAGCUGAAAAUUAAAAAGUCGUGCGACGGCUUUUAUUCUACCGUUUAGAUUGGCACUAUUCAUCGGCCCGCCACACCGCCCUUCGCCCACCGACGCGCUCUAGACCCACGCGCUAGUUUGGAAGAUUCUGCCGCUACAACCAAAUAAGGCAGAAGUGCGACGGUUUUACAUCGUUUGCUCAACUGAGCUGCACGUCACGACCAUCCGGUGUGUACGUAAUUUGUUGCUGGCAGCGUGUCCGGCGUACCGACAGUGCCAGCAGUUAUCCAUCCUGUACGCAGAGGAACAUCUGUAAUCGUCCGGUACAUCCUUAAUCGCCGCCUGCGCAGAUUCAUCACCGCCGGUGUAGAUACAUCACCGCCACCGCAUCGCCGCAUCGGGACAGUCUUCGCAGUAGUGCGAAUGUGAGUGGGCAAGCAACGAAAAAGACUGUAAGUAGCACUAUAAAUCCAUGCGCAUGGUUCGUUAAAGUUUAGCCGAUACACGCACCCGGCAAACUAAAGUUCGGCCACAUUAUGGCACAAUAGCCCGGUAGUAAAUAGCGAUCGCUCCCCCGCACACAGUAGGGUACAAAACGAAUAUAGGCAACACCAUGUUAGAAAAUCCUAGGUUAAGUUUAUGAAAAUGCUAGAGAAUUAAAAUAUACCUAAUUAUGUUAAUUGUUGUUUCGGUAAAUCAUGUUGAGGUUAAAACUGUUGUGGUAGUCAUGUUCCCAUAGAGUUUACUGAUUUGAAGAGGUAUCUCAUGUUUCGCGUCGUGUUAGUUUUGUAGUUUUUUGCGAUCUUUACUCCAAGUGGGCUACUUGGGAAUCUUAGCCCCACCACUCGAGUCUCUUUUCAGUUUAGUUAUUUGGGUUUUGAGGCAUUCUUCCAGUGAUGAGACAAUACGAGUGGUGUUCUUAGGUAUUUUGGGAUAGGAAGGUGAACUUCUCUGGGUUUAUUCGGGUAAUUUGAUGCAUGAAACUGAGGACCUCUCGAUUCAGUUGCAUCUGCUAGGUCGUUCCUCUAAACCUUCACUAUAUCGACCCGCCCUGAGGCUGGGUUUCUGGUCGGGCAACCCUAAAGCACGACAAGUGGUCCUCGAAAGAGGUGGCGCUUAAGCCAUUUGUUCGGAAAGGUGGGACGAUUGGGCAGAUUGAAUCCGUAGCAACGUCGUGCGCGCUACAUUUUGGCGCCCAACGUGGGGCCACGUUAUUGGGAAAUUUCUGGAAGUUAAAAUUUUUCUGGAGUAGGUUUCUAUUUAGGUAAAUGAUAAGGUUCAAGUUUUUUUUUCUGGUCUUUAUUUAUCUAUACAUAUAUCUUUACAGAUUUCUCUGAUUGCCAAUUUUUCAUAUUUAUGGUACAGUUCGGAUACUUGAGUGUUGUGAAGGUCUUAGUUGUAGUUUGUGUUUAGUUGUUCGGAUAUUUUGUGUUACUGUGUUUUAAUUUUAUGGGAAGUUCGAACAUUCAUCAUGGUGAAUAAAUUCCCUAACGCGUACCACCUGACAAACGAUGAGGUGGAUUAUGAAUUGAUAAUUCGGGGUAGAUUAGAGGAGACAGGAUGGGAUCUGGAGGCCAAAUGUCAAAUUUUAGGGAAACUUUUUCGAAACGAUGGCCGAAGGAAUCGGGACUACCCUUCCCAUAAUUCAUUAUACAAGGAAUACGACUAUAUUUUGGCGAAGGUGGAUUUUUUUGGAAGGAUGUUGGAUCGAUUUCCUGAUGAAAGGGUUGUUUCUCGCCUCAAGCAUUAUUUGAUGAGAGUGGCGAGAAGCAAAACACCCGAUGUUACGUCGGUAAGAAUGCAAAGUGAUCUCAUGAACUACAUUCGCUCAAUCAUAGAUGGGUCUGACGAAAAGAGGAGUCCCAUUAAGCAGAGUAAGAAGGGUGUUUCAGAAAUACGAACAGAACGCGAACGACCGUUGGUACACAAUGCUUACGCGGUAGAUGUCGAAAUGUCAGAGGGCAAAGAGUGGGAGUUUUCGGACGAUUCGCGGUUAGAGCCUUUAUUUUUCCAAUCGCUUGACCCGUCUGCAGAGGAAACUCGACAGCAAUUUAGUCAAAGGCAGUUGUUGGACCGGAUAGCUGAACUAGAGCUUGAGAUCGCGGAAGCGAACAGAGCAAAUGAGGGGAUUCACUUGGAUACAGUGCCAAAUGGGGAAGGCAGUACUUAUGAGCAUAGUCCCGCUGAUGAACUAUGUGAAACUUGUUCUAUAAAGUUUGGGGGGCAGGAAAUCUGUUCGCGUAUCGUUUUGGAUGGUAAAGCGGAUGUCCUGCUACAAUCUGAGGUCAAGGAUAGCCUGAACGUCAAUAUUACUGGGGCACGAGACGGUUUGACAUUACAAGUCAGUCCGGUGGAAAGUAUGAGUGAAAACAUUGUAGGCGAAAAUGGGUUUCGGAGAAUUGCCGACAAAAAUUCGUCUGAAAGUGGCAAGGAAUCUGUCGAACGGUUGUCUGUACGUUCGACUGAUGAAAUCGUCGAACCGCGAAGGACGUUACUAGAGAUGACGAAGAUCGACCGAGAUUUUGGAAAACAGGACAGAGUUCCAUCGAUAGUUGUGAUCGAGUCAUGUCCAAUACGACGACGAAGGGUUUUGGUCUCAGACGGUCGUGCGUUCUGCCGCCUUCGAGAUUCACUCGCUACUGAGGAUGUUCAGUCGAGAAACCAGAAAACGUUCUACAAAAAGUCUGGCAAUGCUAAUUAUGUCAUCAACCCUGGGAAAGAAAGGACUCCUGUGAACAAUUUGGAGCAAUCGGGCAAAGGAAAAGUUCAUGUUUUUGCGUUAGCAUUUAAAUACGUGCUGGCUGAUGCAAAGUGGGUUAAGGGAGCACAUUGCUACGACAUUGAGGAUUUGAGUGGGAAGCGGCCUACGAUACUCAACUUCAAAUACCGCAGAAAACUCUACCCACCCAAUUCCUCCCUCUCUCCCACUUAAGAGAAUUAAAAAAAUUCGAGCUAUGUAUCUCUCAUUUGUUGAGUAGAGACAAUUGCACCAUGAUGCGAAAGCUCUGGUUGCGGAAAAUACUGUUCCACCGUUUGUAAGGCUCUGCACUGUUCUUAGCACAGCUGCAGCCCCCACAACAACUUUAAUUUACUGGGGGAUCCUUGAAAUCUGGUUGGAAACAGUUAAUUUGAUUUCGGGAAAUAAGCUUCGUUCCCCCUCACUAGUUACUACUGCACGUAUAGCUAUCCCCUCGACCAGAAGUCAGAGAGAGUUCACGGCGCAAGCCUGAACGAUGAUCUACCAAACCAGAAACUCCGAGCCAAAGUGGCGUUGAAGAGGAGUACCUGUAAUGGGAAACACACCGCGAGUCCAAGACUGGGGAUGCUUGGAUGAUGACCGUGCAAGACUCGGAGGACUUUCCUGUGUAAGGUCGAUGACGAGCAAACCCGAGUGAAUCGAGCUGGCAGUAUCAACUAGGAAGAGGGAAAGUUGCGUAUUUUUCAAAAGGGAAUCCACGAGGAACAUUAUUCGAACAGGUUGGCCUGCCUGUCGACAGAGGAGUCGAUAUCUUCCCCGGGGCCGAGACUAAGACGAAUAGGGUGUUGUGCUAAUCACAAUCACCCACCCUCCCCCGUAUUGCUGUAAAUAAUUCCCGUUCGGAUUAAAUGAUGUUAGUGUUUUUACAACUACAUCGAGUCUUAUGAACUAAAUUAAUACCUAACGCUAACAUAUAUUGAAAUUUAC